AUCCCUGACUCAGACUGAAUCAUGUCCCUUUUCUGAAAUUCAGGAAACAAGACUCCCACGAGUCGUUGCUGCUCUGGAUUCCUGUGACUCAAACUGAUCUAAAAUAAGAAGAGAACUGAAAAUAGAGAAAAAGAUGAAGUGACCUCUGACCUCUGUCACUGGUUUGCUCUGAUUAUACCUUGUACUGAUAACCUGUCGCCAUCUGAUCACAUCGUUUAAUGAAUCCAUAAUGAUUGUUAUUGGCUAUAGUGACCAGAUGUGUGAGUGAACAUCUGGACCCCAAGGACAGAGGGGAGCUUCAGGAUGUUUCCUGUUUCCACACAGCUGUGGGCGUGUCCUUGUUUCUGUGUGAACGCUCUAAACGUUUGUUCCUCAGACUGAAGUGGAUCAGCGGCUCGGCACUAUGUGUGUGUCGAGGUGUCUACAGUGUGUGGGCAUGUCUCUGGUUCCCAUGGCAAUCAUCUGCAUGUUGUCCAACAUCCUGCUGCUGCUUCCUGAGCUGAAGACCAACUUCCUGUGGGAGGGUCAUGUGACCAGGGAGGCCACAUGGGCCACAGGCCUCUGGGCGUCAGGCUUUCUGGUUCUUCUUGGAGCGCGAGCGUCUAUUCGCAGCAGCGGCACCAGAGGCUGCUGCGCAUUCAGGCGUCAGAUGUUGUGUCAGGUGCUGAGCUCCACCGGUUGUCUGGUGGCAGCUGGUGGCUGUUGUCUGGUCAGUGUUACUGGCCUCAUUCAGGGGCCCCUCUGUCUCUACAACACCACCACUGGCCCCAUGUGGGGGGUCCCACUGCGGCCCCUUCAUGACUGUCAAUCAAGUUACCUGUACAAUGCCACCCUGUGGUCAGGAGUGUGUCUGCAGCCUCGAGCUGUGGUUCAUUGGAAUGUAGUUCUGUUCAGUGUGAUGGGGGGGGCCAGCGGGCUGCAGACUGUCCUCUGUGCAGCGAACGUCCUGAACUCAGUGCUGGGCCUGAUGCUGGGCCGAGGUCUCCACGCCAACAAGGUCAGUCCAGUCUCAGUUUAAGACGCCCCCUGGUGGAUCAUGAAUGAGGACGAUGUUCAACACUUCAUAUCAAGUUUUAAAAUCUUUGAAAUUGAAAAUGAGUCUUAUUUUGAAAAGCACAGAUGCACUUUGGAUAAAAUAAGACUUAAAGAUAAAUAAUGACAAUUAUUAUUUAUUAGGGUUCAUUAUUAUGAUUAUAUAAUAUUUAUAUAUAUAAAAGUUAUAUAUGUCACUCGUCAAUGUUCUUGUUUUGUAUCAGUCAGAUAAGGGUGUGUCAGGCAACAUGUGAGUAAAUAAAGUGUA